AGUCCUGACUCCUGACAGAGGACCGUAAAAGAAAAGAACAAAACAGGAAGCUUGGCCCGGAAACGGAUCAUGUAACCCACCAACCCCAAAGCUGAACCUCAAUCGAUCAAAUCGAGGAGAGUAGCACGCGCACCACCAACGGCACGGCGAUCCCGACGGGCGACGGGAUGGGAGGGGCGGCGGAGAGCGGUAGCUCCUCCACGCGCACAGCCGAUCGCACGGUGAUCCGGACGGGCCCCGUGCCGCCCCUUCCCGGCGUACCUUCGCGGAAGAGAAUCUUGGACGGCUCCCACCGUCCCGACGGCGGCGUGACAAUCAAGCCGCUCCUGGUGGACAGCAAGCAUCGUGAUGGAUCCAUCCUGCGUGAAUCAUGUUGGUGGCAUAAAAUGUAUCGUGUGAACAUCACGGACGAGACUUCUGUGGAACCAAUGAUGAUGUCAAAGAAACCCAAUUGUCAGCCGUACUCGUGGGACUGCCAAAUGCAUGGAUAUUGUAAUAUGAUGCAGAUAUAUUGGCUGAAGCUAGCAUAUAUUUCUGUUGAUUCCUUCGAUGGCCCAGUUCAGGUGUAUGGAUUCCUGGCUGCCCGGGACAUCCUGAACCCAAGGCGUAAUUACCUGUUCAACCGCGGUAGAGAUGAUCCAUUGGAAAUAGUUCAGGAUGAUGAUUGGUUGAUACAAAUGUCUAGCCCCAAGAGAGGCAUUGAAAUGACAUCUCCUGUGCUGGUUGAGUUCGACAUGAGGAUCAAGAUUGGAGAAAAAGAAGAAGAUGACCUACAGCUCAUUGACGGGGCCGUCAGCUUCAGCGACAUGGACCCGCCGAUCAACAUGGCCUUCACGCGACGGCUCUGUGGUGAGGGCGGGGCGGUGGACAUAAAUCUAGCACAUAUGUAUGAAGCAGCAGAGGCCACAAUACAGGUUCGGAUAUCAGAAGCAUGCGGCAGUGGCUUGAGCUUGUGUCUGACGGCUUCUGGCAGUGCGUUACAACAGCAGGCCCGUCUCUUCGAUGGCAUUGUGGGAGAGACACCAUGUGACCUAGGCAAGUUUGUGUUCGCUGUGAUGAGCCUCACCAAAUUGGUUGUAUUAUUGAAGGUUGGCCGCGGCGGGGGCUCGGAUUGUGUUUAUCGUUUUCAUCUCUUUGAUGUUCAGAAGCAUGGAGAUUCGACCGUGAGUUUCGAGAUUCCUGACAUGGUCACUAUAGAGGUGAAGGUGACUUGGUCAACUUUGGACAUCCCUGACAGUGCACUAGAAGAAGACAAUCGCUACAACUGGAGGAAGGAGCUUAGAAGUGAUGACGACGACGACGACGACGACUAUGAGUAUGAUUGGAAUGAUUAUUAACCAACAGUUUUGUGUCCUAGCUAUAUGUGUAAACUUGCUCUCUUUAUGGCUAGAUUUCUUGUUGUGCACUUUGAAAAUGUUGGGAUGUUGUUGUUGUGUAUGUGGAAUUAUCUUUGUGUGUUGUCUUGUAUUGUUGGUGAUAGAUAUUAUUUUGA